AAAUAUCUCAUUGCAGAGGAGAAUCUGAACUUUAAAGUCACAUGAUGAUGAAACCAUAGGUUUGCUAAACAUGCAACGUGUAUGGUUUGAAUGACUUCAGCCAAGUUCCUGUUUCCCUUACAGAACUGCAUGGUUUUUAGUCAGCAAGCGCCUGGAUUUUUCACUGUGAUGUACAGCAGCUGAAGAAGUUAUUGUAAUAUACACACUCUGCUUUCUACAGAAAUAGAAAGGGCUAUAAGCUCCAAACAAUAAUUUCAUCUGACAUUUCUCAGUGAAAGGCUCAGCCUGUUGUUUCUGUGGAACAAUUCCUUGAAAAGUUCAGCUUCAAACAUCACUGAGCAGGAAAUAAGCACAGUGUGGAGAGAAAGAUGACUUCUCACAACAUGACGUGGAUCAGCUACCCAAGCAAAAGCCAGCCUUUCACCUCCCCAGAAGAAAUCGAAGCUGUCAUAGCUUCUCAAAACAUCAUAUCCAGACUUAUGCACUGUUACAUUGCCUUUUUUGUACCCACAGGAUUAAUAGCCAGCAUAUGUAUUAUGAUCAUUUUCAUAAAGAAUCAUUUGCAGAACAAAAGAGCAAGCUUGGACUUACUCCUGCUACACUUCACCAUCAGCAAUAUCAUAAUGAUUUUUUUAUCCUUUACUGUCAUCACUAGACCUGACUAUUUAACAACAACCCACCUUGCCUGUAGCGUACUGUCAUUUUUCUUCAACUUGGGUUAUUUCAAUUCUCAGUAUGUUUUCAUUUUGACACUCCUCACACUAUUACUGGAGAGAUUUCCACCAUGGACUGCUCUCUGCAAAGCCACCCAAAGACCCAUCCUGUGUGCUGGGCUUGUACUCACAUACACCUUCUGUUUGUCUCUGACAGAGGCAGUGCUGGUUGGCACUGACAAUUAUCAGCUGAAAGCACACUGCCAGUUGGAUCCGUUAUUUGCAUGGCCUGAAUAUGAGAUUGUUAAAUUCACCUUUGGGUUUGGGAUCCCAUCAUUACUCCAGAUCCUCUGUUUUACUGUUCUGUGGGCUAAAGAAGCACCUGCUGGAGCUCCAGCCUUGCAGCAGCACAUCCAUGCUCACCUCGCUGUGUAUGUGAUCAGCGUGACAAUAUUUAUUUGCCGCCUGUUUUAUAACGUCAUGAUUCUCUUCAGGACAACCCUGAAACUACAGAGGAGCAUUGGAACUACAAAGAACGAGCUUGUGAUGAACAUUGCAGAAAUAGUGUUGUUCUGUGAGAGCUGUGCUAGUUUGGUAGUUAUACUUUGUUUUCAUAAACCGUGCAAGGAUGAAGUACUUAAAGUCAUGCAGAAGUGCCGAAGGAAAACCCGUGCCAACAAUCACCUUGAAAUAGCAGAGACAGCCACGACCCAUCAAAGUGGGUCUCAGUAAUACCUGCUCUUCUAGACAACUGUCAAUCCAUUUCGCUUUUUAGCUUGUGGGUUUUGGUUUGGUUUUUUACUUCCUCAAAAAAAGGGCAAUUGUUCCUUCUUUAGAACCCAAGCCUGGCCUAUCUUACAGCCAGCAGCACUGGAAGAAAACAGAUGGUCAGUUCUAGUACUUACAGUGAUCUGUGAGAAACCUUCCAGGGUCUGGGGCUGUUUGGGGUUUUUUUCAUAUAUACAUAUAUAUUCAAAUCAUCUGGUUUACUGCAAGCAUUUCUUUUAAGUCACAUAGAAAGAUUAGUACUGUUGCCAUAGAGCUGUGCUUCUGUAAUAAUAUCAAUGCCCUAGCAGAGCUGCAAACAAAAAUGUGGCAGAAAGCAACAGUGAAAAAAGGUCAAAAUCCACAGUCAGAGCAUUUUCUCAGGUGUGCUUCCUCCUUUGACUUCUUACCCUUCAAACGACUUAUUUCUAUAACACCAGUAUAUAACUGGUAUACAUAAUUCCAGUGGCAGCAGCAGUGAAGUUUCUGUCUGAAUUCCUAUACAAAAAAAAAGAAAGAAAAAAAAAGAAAUCAAAUUAAUGGAAAGGCGGGUCCAUAAAGAAAAGCUUUGGGUCCUUUGUGAGGCACUGAACUGGAAAGAUCAACAGGAUGGCUAAUUAAAACUUUGUGCAAGAAUGAAAGCCUUUUGUUAAUGUACUCUCAGCUUCCACUUUGCAUUUAGACUUACACAAUUAUUGAUUUAAGCCAUUCCUGAUGAGUUCAUUCAGAAGUAAGAAGUCAUUGGAAGAGUCACAUUCAGUAAUACACUAACUGAAAAACAGAGAAAAGCCAGCCCAGAACAGAAGAACUGAGGUGUAUUUUUAAGAAGGCAAACAAAAACCAAGCCCCAGUUCCUAACUGGAAUCAAGGCUCCGCUGGAAACAAGACAGAAGCGUUGUACAUUUAGAUGAGAGUUGAUGGGCAAAUGGUGCAAAAAGAGGGAAAAAAAUGUGAAUUAGAAUAAAACAGCUGUGGUGCAGGAGUUUGGAUGAAGCCCUGCAGGAUCAGUAGCUGAUGCAGGCUGAGAUGGAGGUGCAGAGCUGCAAAUGCUUGCUUUGAGCAUUGUUACUGCCACCAAAUCUGGCCAGGAGCCACAUUAGGCGUUUGCUUCAGCUUCAUCCUCUUAGAAAGGUGGAGAACACGGAAACAGGAAAAGCACAAAAUUGUAUUAAAACUUGGAUAAGGACGUAGUCUUAGAUAGCAAAGUUAUAAAAAUACAGCACUGUGAUGAGGAAGUAACUUGAAGAGUUCCGAGAAAAGCUAUUUUGAUGAUUAAAUCUGUGCCUUUGUAUGAAACCCGGGUGCUAAAGGAACUGAGAGGGUUUUUUUGCAAUUAUAUCCUUUGAAAGAUCUUCCUGAUGGGGUGCAGAUUUGUGUGGGGAGCUGGUGUAAAUCAGCAUGGGCUGCCUAAGAUGGAAAAGCAGGAAUGGAUUGAUCAAGAUGAACAUCUUUCACAAGACAACAGCCAAGUGCAGAAAUGGAAGAAUGACAAUCAUAUAGAAUAUAGAUCAAGUAUCUAGAGAUACUGAUCUGGCCUUGGACAUCCAAAUCCUGAAACGUAUGGACCAUGACUGUAUCACAUGCAAAUAAAGGGCAAUGUGUAAUCCCACUAUGACUGUAAGGACCAACAUUUCCGCAAGAUGUAAAAAUCAGCUGGUAAGAUGUCUGCAUUACAUUGUGUCAGCCUGUUCCCCUGCUCAAUUUUGUUCUGCUGCCAGCAUGAACAGAUGGAUAAUUAAAGAACUCUACAUAUAAACAGAUCAUUAUAGAACGUGGUCAGAAAGGAAGUACAUAGAUAAGAAUCAUCUCUUUGAACACAAGAGCCAAUUUUGUACUUGUGAAAAGAAUUCUCAGAUGGCAUCAGGUUUUGUUUUGCACCUGAGAAGAGGGAGAUUAAACAACACAGACCAAAGAUCAGCCAUGCAGAAAGAAGUCUGAAGAGAUGAGUUGUAAGAGCUGUACAUCAGUGAAAAAGCUGACAGACUGAGUGAAAGAAUAUGUCAGAAGAUGCAAGCUGUUUAUCCCAGCUCAGAAAGUCCAAGUUUCAGCUGCACUGUGGAUUAAGGAGGGUAUUUUGUAGUAUGGGAAUUAUGUGCAAAUGAUUCUACUUUAUUUACAGCUUCCAUACAUUUUAUAUUUAAGGAUGAAAGAAUAAAUAUUGUGUUGUUUCUGAGUCCUGAGUUACUUUGAAAGGUGCCUAAAAGAAAAUGGAGCCAGUAAAAGUUGGCUGGGACCUGGAAAAUGGUCUGAUGGUGAGUGAAUGCCAGUAACACACCCGUGAGGAGCCACAAGGCUGAGCAGGGCAGGAAAGUGCUUCAUGAUACUCUCAGCAGAGAACACAGCUAGAGCACAGCCAUACCCAAGUUUCACAGACAAUAAAAACCUGUAGGGACCUACUGGCAGAUGUAGGAUCUGAGAGUAAGUACACCUUGUCACACUGAACAACUGUGUGUGAGUCUGUGAACAUCCCUGGGUAAAGCUGCUGGCUGUCAUCUGUGAGAUAGGAGUACAUGUACUGUGAUCUCCUCCCCAUCCUUGUGAAAAAAAACCGAGUUUUUUCUGGAUGGCUGGUUAUAUUGCCAUGAAGAAAUCUCUCUGUACAAUGAAAAGACUUUGCAAGUGAAUAU